AUGACGACAAGAAGACACAAAUUUUUCAACGAAACAGACUUAAAAAUAUAUAUCAUAGGGGAUGAAGAUUCUGUAGUAGGUUUUUUAUUAGCUGGUAUUGGCUUUAGGGAUGGUUUAGGGAAAAAAAAUUUUUUUAUUGUAAACUCAAAAACGAAUAAAGCAGAAAUUGAAGAAGUAUUUAAAGAGUACACAUCAAAAAAUGAUUGCGGAGUUAUAUUGAUGAAUCAACAGAUCGCUGACGAAAUAAGGUACCUAGUUGAUUUACACGAUAAAAUUCUGCCAACAGUUCUGGAGAUCCCAUCAAAGGAUAAGCCCUUUGAUCCCAAUAAAGAUUCAAUUAUACAGAGAGUAAAACUUUUCUUUGGGGGUGACAUUACAAAUUUAAAAUGA